AUGACUUCGCGCGAGCCAUCUGCGGCGCCUUCAGAGGGCGACACCAUCGACGAUCAGAUGGAAGACACGAAGCCUGACCUUGCAGAACUUGAUCAAGAGCAGGUUGAAACCGUGGAAGAACCCCCUGCUGGCCCUACCCCUACGAGCGGUCGUCGAGCACCUCGGCACAAAGCCGGAUCUGGAAGAAAAGCAAGACCACGAAAAGGUGCAAUUUGGAUACAUGAACAACCACACGAGGGUACUGAAGACGAGGGGAGCGUCGUCUCGGCAUCUCAUUCACGAAACAAAAAGUCAGAGGCCACUCCCGAAUCGGAGCCCAGAACAAUCGGAACUGCGGUGGGCACGAGAAGACAGGCCAAUGGCACUGUUGGCUCGGUCUACUCGGGGAGCAAGGUUAGGCACAUCAAGAAACCCGACGGCACACCUCUUUGGCGCAAAGAAAUCCAGUAUGAGUUUUUGCGGAUUGUGAUCGAAGACACGAAGCCAGUCUUCACGCGAAUCAGCGAUGGCAAAACCGAUUGUUUCUUCUCCGAUAUAUAUGUGGACUGCAUGGCACGAAGUUCCAAGACCAGCAAGAUCCUCAAAGACAGGCUUCAGGUUGACCGACAGGCUGCCCACAACAUGGCAAUGAUAUGUCUUCUUGUCAACGUGGGUCGUAUGAACACGACACUGAACUUCUUUCCAGAGAUGAGGGCCCAGCUGAGAACCUACCAUUCCAUCCCGUCUCUGCAGGCUUACAAAAGUCAAAGAGACUACAAGUCACUACAGGAUGCUCCAAGGCUGAAAAGUAUCCUCAAAGGCGCAAGCGAGGACACAGACGAACCUCGCACACUGGCGGCGAUCAAGGCCAAACCAGUCCCGAGGACGAAUCCAGUCAAUCUGAUAUUCGUCCUCUCGCAGUUUGCGCCCAAGAUUAGUGAAAUGCACUUUACUGAUAAGGUUGAUUUCUUUGAUCUUGCCAUGCGACCGACCAUCUCAUCCGGAACUAGGGCCAGAGCGUUUUUGUGGCUCAUGUGGUGGUAUCUCGAGUCCAACUUCACAAAGGAAGACGCACUGCGGAAUCCGUAUGGGCCUGGAGAGUAUAGAGACGACGAAGAUCCGAAUGAUCCCGACACAGUACCACAACUGGUACCGAAACUGACCACCAUUACGGAAGCAGAAGGUGAUGCUGAGAAUGUUGACCCGCCGGAGGAGAUUGCCUUUGCCGAGAAAAUGACACAGGAGCGGCGGCGGAUCAUGCUGGAGAAUGCGAAUGAACCACCAUUAGUCAUGGCUGACCCAGGAAACCCAGACCAUAAAGCCCUGAAACGUCUCAAGAAAAGCGCUGCAUACGGAGACGAAGACUCCCUCGUCUCUGAUGUGGAUUCGCGGGCAAGUCCCGGUGUAGGACGAUCCCCAGCACCGGAGUCUCUUGGUCAUCACGGACACCUUAUGAGCAGCGCUUUAGGGGGUCAAGCAGACAGUUUGGAUGACGAUUGGGAAGCGGUCGACCCACACCCUGGCCGCGGACGGUACAAGCGUGUCAGGGGGAAGAACACGCCGACACGAAGCAGAGGGGGUGCUAGACAGAGUGAUGGCCCCAGAAGCUUGCUCAAAUCAGGUCGCAAUGCUAGUACUCCAGACACGACGGAGCGGUACCGAGGGACGCCUCAACCUGGACACCCUGGUACUGGAAAUCAUCCAGGCAUCGGUCAGUUUGUUGCACACCGAGGAAAGAACGAGACUGACGUGAUAGGGGGCCGACCUGAGCCGGCAACUGGUGGGGCUGGCACCAAGGCUAGGGCCAGGACAGGGUACCAGCGUGAACUAGAGGAGCAUAGACAGCGUCGGGUCGAAUGGGCCCUGCGGAGACGUCGUAGGCAGGCCCUUCAAGAAGCACGGCAGAUGAGGGACGGGUGCAGAUGGCUGCUGCAGGCAGCUAGACGAGUCAGCGAGCUUCCUCCAACGUAUGACAGCGAAGAGGAAGAAGAGACCGGCGGUACUGGCUUUGCUGGUGUGCUUGGCCGCAGAUGGCAUGGCGACGAACCCGAACCCGGAGAGACUCCUGUUGGCUACGAACCCGAUGAUCACGGUGAGGAAGUGGAAACAUGGACCAAAGUUCUGAGGAAGACAGGGAGGCGUUUGGAAGUCUGGGGUGGAGACCGUGAUCUCGCGGUAUACCAUGCCCGACUCCAACGCCACCAGGCCGCCGAAGACAAUCUCACUACUGCAGCCCGUUCUCGGCCACUCACAAAUGGCACACGCAAGAAGCGACGCACGCGUGAGUCUCCCGCACAUAAGCCCCUUCCUGAAGUGGGAAGGUCUGCUCAAGCUAGCCGGACUGGAGGAAGAGAUCUCAACGAUGAAAUCACCCAAGAUCUGCUUGCUGAGCGAAGCGACGACGAUAUGGACGACGACGAUUCCCAUGCCGAUGGGGAGGGCGAGGGCGAAGAGAGUGACAUGGAUAUGGAUUAA